GUUCAAGAUUCCACAGCGCCGAUCGCCUGUGAAGGCGAAUUCCGUGGAGACCGUUCUCGCACAACGAGAGACAGCAGAUAAGAAGCAGCUCAUGAGCUCCACAGGGACUGAGUUUUUUCCUUCAGGUUCCUCAUCUACGUCCUCGACGACGACACAAAAUACAGCAACGGUCGUUGGUACAACUUCCUCCCAUUUGCUACGACCUCCAAACCCGAAGUUGUCAAGCGGUGGCACGACAACGGUAACGAGCAACAUGUUUCCUGCCAAGGAACAAGGGUCGUCCAGCAAAUGCAGUAAGACCGGUUUGAAUAAAGCUCUGAAUCAUCU